AUGUCUAAAUCGGAUAAAAUGGAUGAUAUAGAACUCGAAGAUCUUGAUGACGUAGAUAUAACUUUGAUGACACUCAGAAAACCAACGGAGUUAAAGAAAGUAAUCGAUUCUGUCCCAAAACCAUCACGAGCCGUACCAAAAAAUGGCUUGCCUCUGUGGUACAAGCUUGGGCUGGAGUCUAAGUUGCCAGUACCAAAAAUGCCGGUUGGAAAAAUUCUAUUUUCACGCGGGAAAAUAGGCGAAGAUGUCAGAAGACUCGGUCUCGGUGGAGGAGGGCAGCCAAAUUUUGACUUAACAGAUCCUUACUGCAACAACGUGUCCUACGAUUACGUACCUAUGCAUGAUCCACAUCUUGCUCAUCAUUUUGCCCAGAAGCCUGCUAGAAAGAGAAUGCAGUCUCUCGGCUUUUGCACUAAGGAUGGAAGAGCAGUCUGCUCGUUAAAAGAAUUCAACCAGUAUCGAAAAUAUUUGUACAACCAAUUUAUGGAUAAAAUUCAUGUGACUAUGUUUCAAUUGGAUGAACGAGCAAAAGACGACUUGACACUAAAACGCGUUGAUAUGGACGUAGCCAGAAGAUUACAAGUUUUUACUAAGGCGGAGAGAGCUAGAGAACAUCUAGAAAGAAUAGCUAAAGAACAUGCUGAAGAGUUUGCUGCAAAAAAACGAGCGGCAAAAGAACAAGAAAGGAAAAUUGCGGCCAGAAUGAAUUACCUUGCAGAAUAUAAUGAAAAACAACGAAAGGAAAGAGCGCAAAAGGCUGCAGAAAAACAAAACAGAAUCAAACAAAGGGUAGAAGCAGCAGCAGAAAUGGAAUUGAGAAGAAAAAUUACCAUGGUGCGACAGUGGCGAGCAAACGAAAAGAAGAGAUUAAACAGACUGAAGAUGGAAAGAGAAGCAAAAAAGAAACAAAUAGAAGACCAGGCAAACAAAAAAUGGUCGGCCCGCGUAAACGCUCAGAACAUGAAAAUCCAAGAGGAAGCCCUUCUUCUGAAACUGUAUACGGAAGAUAUGACGGCUGGUGCUACAAGAAGAGCCAAGAAGGCGGAGAUAUACGCAUACAAUACUGAUUUGGAGCUACAACGUAUUCGAUUAGCCAACUGGAAAGCUUUGCAUGGAGGAACAGCUAAAGCAGUGCAAUUGGUCAGAAAAAUGGGCGCCGAAUUUGAGAAGUCGAAACGUGGCGCUAAAGGGAUGUCGCCUGAGCUGGCGCAGGAAUUGGCUGAAGAAGCAAUGAGUGCUACUCUCUCCACUCGUGGUGAUGCUCUCAUGACGCUCGGCCAGGCUCGCGCUAGGAUGGACCUAAUAGUUGUGUUACCAUCUGCACCUAUCAGAAUAUUAGAUGAGAUGCUGGAGAAUGCAAUAAUGGAGUUCGCUCGUCGUCGUGUACACCUCCUCUUGAGUGACGUGGAGCGCGUGGUGCGCGCCCGCGCCGCCAGCGUGUUCUUCAAAUCAUAUAGACCACAGAUCACAAGGAAAGGCGCACAACAACCUCGUUGGUCAGUUAAGCUUGUCGCUGACCUCGCCGAAAAGUUCGCGGAAGUGCGUGGCUCUGGCGGCCCCAUCGCAUUUGGGCCUAUCACCGAUAUACCAGUUCAAGAAACACCUCCGCAAGAAGGUACCCAAUGGAAGAGUGUUAAAGACAGGCCCCCUACGCCUGUGCCAUCACUGAUAAAAUUAGCUGAAGUGACAUUCUGUGACCGCGUGGAAGACCUACCUGACCCCGUCACCCACGGCCUGUAUUUGCCCGAAAGAAGAAAGCUGCUAGAGAUGGUAAACGCAUCUGCCAAACUGCUAUCAAGAUGUGUCAGUCAGCGAGUGCAAAAGGGAAUGGAUAUCACUACAGGGAAAGUGACGUUACCAAAAUGCCGACACGCCAUGGAAUGGGGUGAAACGGUAGAAAGCAUGUCAACUGCAGUCGUAAAUAACCGCAUCCAACCUGAUUCAGCGGACAUCAGGCGCACCGGAGAAUUCCUAGCAUAUCGCAUAUUGUUAUCUCUGUCUAAUGAGAUGAAAAAAGAGAAGCAGAUGCUGGAGGUAAAAUGGUUCCUCCGGGAGACGUAA